AUGCUUGAUUGGCUUUACGAUUCUCUGCUUGCCGACCCAGUCGAAGAACGAAGAAAGAUCAGAGAGACGAUCCUCGUCACGGCGGCUGCUAUCGAUUACCCUCAAAACCAAAAAACCAAUCACGACUGGAUGUUCGAAAAACAGAUUUACACAACAAUACUGUGGAUUUACAGAAUGAUCAAUAGUUAUUAUGUCCUCGGUGAGAAUACCAUGCAGCUUGAGAUAGUGGCUGCCAUAUGCAAAAUUUGCAUUGUUCUAUCAGCUCAUGGCGAGUUUGGAUACUACAAUCCUGAGGAUAUGUUUUUGCGUCUUAUUGGAGAAUAUGAGAAGGUACAUGGGAGAUGGUGUCUACAGGCUAUGGAUGUUGCAACCCAUCUGGGCAAACAUUACAUCGACAGAGGAGAGUACAAAAAAGCCUUGGUAUUGUACGAAACGUCAUUGGAACAAUUUGAAAAAAGAUGCGGAAAGAAUAGUGUCAUUUCUAUGCGAGCGGCGGAUCAAAUCGGAGUUGCCUAUCGGAACAUGAGGCUUUACGACAAGGCCUUUGAAUAUGCCAAACGCGCGGUGGAAGGCUAUCAAAAGUCUUUAGGGAUGGAAGAUUUUGAGACAUUGAUGGCGACCAACAACAUGUCUCUGGCAUACAUGAAUCUAAAGAGAUAUGACGAGGCCUUGGAAUCCAACGCUAUUGUGGUCGCUGGUCUUAAAGAGAAUUUCUGGAACUGCCCUUCUGUAAUUACACGUGCUAUUCGAGAUACGGCUACGAUCCAUCAGAAAAGUGGAAACCUCGAAAAACGUAUCGAAUGCCUCAGAAAUCAUAUGGCAGAAUCUUGCAAGAUUGCAGGAUAUGGUAUGGGUCCAGAGACUUUUGAGAGUGCAUUCGCAAUAGCUCAUGCCUGUAUUCCCGAAAAAAUCGACACGCCAGCAGCCCUCGAACAGUUCCGCUUGGCUUUUAAGAUGGUUAAAGACGCAGCACCUUUUUAUAAGGAAAGCAGAAGCUUGUGUCACCCCGAAUGUUUCGAAGUGAUGGACACACUGAUUACUUGCUGGAUCUACCAGGGCGAAAUUGAGACGGCAACGGGGAGCCACAUUUCGAACCUAGAAUAUAGGCAACGGAGUCUAGCAGCGGGCCAUAUUUCAAUAGCUCAAGGCCAUCAACAGCUGGGAUAUUUAUACACGCUCUCUAAGAGAUAUACUCUGGCUCUCGAAGAGUAUAGAAAAGCGCUUAUACUUUAUUCUGAGAAUGUGGGGCCUGAGCAUAUAUAUGUUCUCAGAGCUCGUUUUGAUACCGCUGUGUGCUAUUCAUUGCAGAGCGAUUUUGAGAAGGCCGUCGAGGAAUAUUCAGCUGUGCUAGUCACUAUGGAAAGGGUGUUAGGCAAAGAGCACAGUCUGGUCCUGGUAACUACAAAAAUUCUCAAAGAGAUGGAGGAAAAUAAGGACUUCGAGAUCGAGGGGCUGGCACAAUUUGGUUUAUUCCAGGGCUCAUCGCAAUAUUACGGACCAGUCAGACUAAAGACCACGGCCGUCUUUGGUGCAUGA